ACGUGACCGGCACUGCUCCGUUCCCCAAUAUGGCGGCGCCCAGCAGAAUGAACUGCACGUGAGAAAGAGCAGGCAACCCAGCCUCUCAGAGUAGCGUGUGUGAAGCGCUUUCUCCUCCGUGCUGCUCGAGAAUCUUUUCCUGUCUCCCUGAGGCCCUCGGAGGGUCUGUGGCCGUCGGCAGCCAUGAAGACCAAGCCGCUUUCCCACAAGACGGAGAACACCUACCGGUUUCUUACGUUUGCCGAAAGACUGGGGAAUGUGAACAUUGAUAUCAUUCACCGGAUUGAUAGAACCGCAAGCUAUGAUGAGGAGGUGGAAACCUACUUCUUCGAGGCGCUGCUGAAGUGGAGAGAGCUGAACCUCACAGAGCACUUCGGGAAGUUUUACAAAGAAGUCAUUGACAAAUGCCAGUCUUUUAACCAGCUGGUCUAUCAUCAGCACGAAAUAGUGCAGAGCCUGAAGACUCACCUGCAGAUCAGGAACAGUUUUGCCUACCAACCUCUCUUGGAUUUAGUAGUACAGUUGGCAAGAGAUCUGCAGACUGACUUCUAUCCACACUUCGAAGACUUCUUCGUGACCAUCACCUCCAUCCUGGAGACACAGGACACGGAACUGCUAGAAUGGGCUUUCACCUCGCUGUCGUACCUGUACAAGUACCUGUGGAGGCUGAUGGUGAAGGACAUGCCCAAGAUAUACAGCUUGUACAGUGCCCUCUUGGCCCACAAAAAACUACACAUAAGAAAUUUUGCUGCCGAAAGUUUUACUUUUUUGAUGAGAAAGGUCUCUGAUAAAAAUGCUCUUUUCAAUUUAAUGUUUCUCGAUCUCAGUGAGCAUCCAGAAAAAGUGGAAGGAGUUGGACAGUUGCUCUUUGAAAUGUGCAAAGGAGUCAGAAAUAUGUUUCAUUCCUGUUCAGGCCAGGCACUGAAGCUCAUUUUGCAAAAGCUAGGACCAGUUACCGAAACAGAAGCUCAGCUACCGUGGAUUUUAGUUGGGGAAACCCUGAGAAACAUGGCCAGAUCCACUGUAGGCUAUAUCUAUAAGGAACACUUUGGUGUGUUUUUUGACUGUUUGCAGGAAUCCCUCCUGGAGCUGCACAACAAAAUGACGGAAAUAAACUGCUGUGAGAACUCUGAACAGAUCAGCCGGCUGCUGGAAACCUUCCUGAUCCUUGUGAAACACGGAAGUGGCUCAAAAAUAACACGGCCUGCUGACGUUUGCAGGGUGCUGUGUGAAGCACUACAGACGGCCAAUCUUGCCACUUCUUGCCGGAAGACUCUCUUGGAUGUAGUUUCUGCUUUGCUCCUAGCUGAAAGUGUUUCCUUGCCAGAGACCCUCAUCAAAGACACCAUAGAAAAAAUAUUUGAAAGCAAAUUCGAGAGACGUUUGAUUUUGGAUUUUUCUGAAGUCAUGUUUGCUAUGAAGCAGUUUGAACAGCUGUUUCUACCAAGCUUUCUCUGCUACACUGAGACUUGUUUUUUGAUGGACGACUCUGUGGUCUCCGACGAAGCACUGGCCAUUUUAGCCAAGCUUAUUCUGAAUAAAGCUGCUCCGCCCACUGCUGGCUCCAUGGCCAUUGAGAAAUACCCUCUGGAUUUCUCACAACAGACUGUGGGGUCCUACUUAAAGCAGAGGGAGACUAACUCCAAGAGAAGAAGGGAGCAGUCUCCAGUGCUAGACCAUCUCUUGUCCAUAGUUCAGUUACCCCCAAGUAACGACGCCAGAUACCUUUCACAGUCUUGGGCAGCCCUGGUGGUAUUACCUCAUAUCAGGCCUCUUGAGAAGGAGAAAGUGCUGGCUCUCCUGUCGUGCUUCAUAGAGUCGCUCUUCGUGGCUGUUGACAAGGGGAGCUUUGGGAAAGGAUGCUUAUUUGUUCUUUGUCAAGCUGUAAACACUCUGCUGAGUUUGGAGGACUCUUCUGAACUUCUGCACCUGGUUCCUGUGGAGCGUGUGAAGAAUUUAGUGUUGGUCUCUCCACAUAGCCUUAAAACUCAAAAGAUCCGGCUCUUGACAAUUAGGAUCCUAAAUCAUUUUGACAUCCGGCUUCCAGCUUCAGUGGAGGACGAUGGGCUCUCGGAGUGGCAGUCAGCCUUCGCCAUCCUGCGCCAGGCAGAGCUGGUGCCAGCAACUGUGAGCGACUACAGAGAGAAGCUGCUCCACUUGAGAAAGCUGCGGCACGACGUGGUGCAGGAUGCAGUCCCUCCGGGACCACUGCAGGAGGUACCACUCCGUUAUCUGUUCGCCAUGCUCUAUGUCAACUUCAGUGCCCUCUGGGACCCUGUUAUUGAGCUCAUAAGUUCUCAUGCCCAUGGGAUGGAAAACAAGCAGUUCUGGAGUGUCUGCUAUGAACAUCUUGAAAAGGCAGCCUCACGUGCUGAGAAAGAACUGCAGAAGGAUGUGGGAGACGAGGAGCUGUCCACUGGAGAUGGAGGGGAGCCAACCCAAGAAGGGGAUGUUGGCUCUCUCUACCAGCAACAGUUAACACUGAGAACCAGCUGUCGGGAGCGACUAGAUCAUACCAACUUUCGAUUCUUGCUCUGGCGAGCUCUGGCCAAAUUUCCAGAGAGAGUAGAGCCAAGGUCCAGGGAACUCUCCCCACUGUUCUUGAGGUUUAUCACCAAUGAGUAUUAUCCAGCAGAUCUGCAGGUUGCUCCAACCCAGGAUCUACGCAGGAAAAGUAGAGGAGCAGUGGCUGAGGAAGUGGAGGAGGAACCCGCUGUGGGAGAAGAGGAAGAAGUGGAGGAAGAGGCAGUGCCCACAGAUGAAGCACCCCAGAGGAAAAAGACAAGACGGGCAGCAGCAAAGCAGUUAAUUGCUCAUCUGCAGGUCUUCUCUAAGUUUUCAAACCCACGGGCCUUAUAUCUAGAGUCCAAAUUAUACGAUUUGUAUCUUCAGUUAUUGCUACACCAAGAUCAAACUGUGCAAAAAAUAACCUUGGAUUGCAUAAUGACCUACAAACAUCCUCAUAUCCUCCCUUACAGGGAGAACCUGCAGAGGUUGCUAGAGGACCGCAGCUUUAAGGAGGAGCUCGCGCACUUCAGCCUUUCCGAAGAGAGCGCCGUGGUCAAAGCCGCCCACCGGGCGGACUUGUGUCCAGUCCUCAUGAGGAUUUUAUACGGGCGGAUGAAGAACAAGACGGGGAGUAAAACCCAGGGGAAGUCUGCCUCGGGCACCCGCAUGGCCAUUGUUCUGCGCUUCCUCGCUGGAACCCAGCCUGAAGAGAUCCAGUUCUUCUUAGACCUGCUGUCUGAACCCGUGAAGCAUUUCAAGAACGGGGAGUGCCACUCUGCAGUUCUUCGGGCGGUGGAGGAUCUGGAUUUGUCUAAGGUCCUUCCCGUGGGCCGUCAGCAUGGCAUCUUAAACAGCCUGGAGGUGGUUCUGAAGAACGUCAGCCACCUGAUCAGCGCGUACCUGCCGAAGAUCCUGCAGAUCCUGCUGUGUAUGACGGCCGCCGUCUCGCACAUCCUCGACCAGCGGGAGAAGAUACAACUAAGAUUUAUUAACCCACUGAAAAACUUAAGACGUCUGGGAAUCAAGAUGAUCAGCGAUAUCUUUUUGGAUUGGGAAUCCUAUCAGUUCAGAGCGGAAGAAAUUGAUGCCGUGUUUCAUGGUGCAGUUUGGCCUCAGGUCUGCAGGCUUGGAUCUGAGAGUCAGUAUUCACCUACUCCUCUGUUGAAGCUAAUUAGUAUCUGGAGCAGAAAUGCAAGAUACUUCCCUCUUCUGGCUAAACAGAGACCCGGACACCCAGAAUGCGAUGUCCUGACCAACGUCUUUGCCGUUCUCUCAGCAAAGAAUCUGUCCGAUGCCACAGCAAGCAUCGUAAUGGACAUAGUCGAUGACCUCCUCAACCUUCCAGAUUUCGAGCCCACAGAAACAGUACCGAGCUUGCCGGUGACUGGCUGUGUGUAUGCCGAGGUGGCUGACGACACAGAGCCUCUCACUGUGGGAGGGAGAUUGAUUCUGCCCCACGUGCCUGCAAUUCUUCAGUACCUCAGCAAAACCACAAUCAGUGCAGAGAAGGUGAAGAAGAAAAAGAACAGGGCACAAGUCAGUAAGGAACUCGGCAUUCUUUCCAAGAUCAGCAAGUUCAUGAAGGACAGAGAGCAGAGCUCUCUCCUCGUCACUCUUCUCCUUCCCUUCCUCCUCCACGGCAAUGUUGCACAGGAUACAGAGCUUGACAUCCUGGUGACAGUGCAGAACUUGUUACAGCAUUGUCUGAACCCCACCAGCUUCUUCAAACCUCUGGCCAAACUCUUCUCAGUUAUUCAGAACAAGUUGUCAAGACAGUUGCUGUGCACUGUUUUCCAGAGUCUAUCUGAUUUUGAAAGUGGACUAAAAUAUGUUACAGACAUUGUAAAGCUUAAUGCCUUUGAUAAAAGGCAUCUCGAUGACAUCAACUUUGAUGUGCGAUUCUCAGCGUUCCAGACCAUCACCUCUACCGUAAAGGAAAUGCAGACGGUGGAUGCCGACUACCUAGUCCCUGUGAUGCAUAACUGUUUCUAUAACAUGGAGGUAGGAGACAUGUCUCUCAGUGACAAUGCCAGCAUGUGCCUGACAAGCAUCAUCCAGAGGCUGGCUGCUUUGAACGUCACAGAGAAAGAGUAUAAAGAGAUCAUUCACCGGACCCUCCUGGAGAGACUGAGGAAAGGGUUGAAGAGCCAGACAGAGAGCGUUCGGCAUGAUUAUACCGUGAUCCUCUCCUGUUUGAUUCAAACUUUCCCCAAUCAACUGGAAUUCAAGGACCUGGUGCAGCUCACUCAUCGCCACGACCCGGAAAUGGACUUCUUCGAGAACAUGAAGCACAUUCAGAUCCACAGACGAGCAAGAGCCUUGAAGAAACUGGCCAAACAACUGCUGGAUGGGCAGGUUGUGCUGUCUUCCAAAUCUCUUCAGAAUUACAUCAUGCCUUAUGCCAUGACUCCAAUAUUUGAUGAGAAAAUGCUCAAGCACGAGAACAUAACCAUUGCCGCCACGGAAGUCAUCGGCGCUGUCUGCAGACACCUGGCGUGGCCGGCGUACGUGUAUUACCUGAAACACUUCAUUCACGUCCUGCAGUCAGGCCAGGUCAACCAGAAGCUGGGCGUCAGCUUGCUGGUGAUAGUGUUGGAAGCCUUCCAUUUUGACUACAAAUCUUUUGAAGAGCAAAUGGGAAAUGUUACCAGUGAAGAAAACACAGUUGAGAUGGCUGAGGUACUGGAACAUGAAGACACGGAAUCGGAGCCUAUGGAUGAGGAAGAGAAGGAACAAGCCUGUAAGAGUUCGUCGGACGGCAAGGAGCCGCUGGAAGCCCCCGAGGCAGCUGAUUCUGGUGGAACAGCAGCUAUGGAACAAGAGUGCAUCCCAAAGUCUGUUUCUUUCCUUCCUCGGAAUAAGGAAGAGUUGGAAAGAACAAUUAAAACCAUCCAAGGAGCCAUAACUGGGGAUAUCCUCCCCAGGCUGCACAAGUGCCUGGCAUCUGCGACCAAAAGGGAGGAAGAGCACAAGCUGGUCAAGUCGAAGGUCGUGAAUGAGGAGGAAGUAGUCCGGGUCCCCCUGGCCUUUGCCAUGGUUAAGCUGAUGCGGUCCCUCCCCCAGGAGGUCAUGGAGGCAAAUCUGCCCAGUGUUUUGCUGAAAGUGUGCGUCCUGCUCAAGAACAGAGCCCAGGAAGUCAGGGACAUUGCACGCAGUACUCUCACCAAAAUAAUCGAAGAUCUGGGCGUGCACUUCCUGCAGUAUGUUCUCAAAGAGUUACAGACGACCCUUGUCCGUGGGUACCAGGUCCACGUGCUCACUUUCACUGUUUACACAUUGCUGCAAGGCCUCACCAGCAAGCUGCAAGUUGGGGACUUAGACCCCUGUCUACCAAUAAUGACUGAGAUUUUUAACCACGAAUUGUUCGGUGCCCUGGCGGAAGAGAAGGAGGUAAAGCAGAUUCUGUCCAAAGUCAUGGAGGCGCGGAGGAGCAAGAGUUAUGAUUCUUACGAAAUCCUGGGCAAGUUUGUCGGAAAAGAUCAGGUCACAAAACUUAUUCUCCCAUUAAAAGAGAUCCUGCAAAACACCACAAGUUUAAAACUUGCCCGGAAAGUUCACGAAACCUUACGCCGGAUUAUAGCAGGAUUAAUUGUGAAUCCAGAUAUGACAGCAGAGUCUCUUCUCCUGCUCAGCUACGGUCUGGUCAGUGAAAACCUGCCGCUGCUAACGGAAAAGGAAAAGAAGCCAGCAGCCCCUGCGCCUGACACACGGCUGCCACCGCAGAGCUGCCUCCUGCUCCCCCCAGUUCCAGUCCGAGGUGGGCCAAAGGCUGUUGUAAGCAAGAGAACCAACAUGCACAUGUUCAUCGAGUCUGGUCUUCGGCUGCUGCAUCUGAGUCUGAAGACUUCCAAGGUCAAGUCUAGUAGUGAGCAUGUGCUGGAAAUGUUGGACCCCUUUGUGGAAGUCCUCAUUAACUGCCUGGACGCCAAGGAUGUGAAGGUGAUCACGGGCGCUUUGCAGUGCCUGAUCUGGGUCUUGCGGUUCCCUCUGCCUUCCAUAGAAACAAAAGCAGGACAGCUGACCAAGCACCUUUUCCUCUUGCUGAAGAACUAUGCAAGACUGGGGGCUGCCCAGGGCCAGAACUUCCACCUGGUAGUUAAUUGUUUCAAGUGUGUGACCAUCGUGGUCAAGAAAGUCAAGUCCUACCAGAUAAGUGAGAAACAGCUUCAGGUUCUCCUGGCGUACGCUGAGGAAGACAUUUAUGACACCACAAGACAGGCCACUGCCUUUGGUCUUCUCAAGGCUAUUUUAUCAAGAAAAUUAUUGGUCCCAGAAAUUGAUGACAUCAUGCGGAAAGUAUCCAGCUUGGCAAUUUCUGCGCAGAACGAGCCUGCCAGGGUCCAGUGCAGACAGGUUUUUCUGAAAUACAUUCUUGACUAUCCCCUCGGUGAUAAAUUGAGACCAAACUUGGAAUUCCUGCUUGCUCAACUGAAUUAUGAACAUGAAACUGGAAGAGAAUCAGCCUUGGAAAUGAUUGCCUAUCUCUUUGACACCUUCCCUCAGGGCCUGCUCCAUGACAACUGCGGGAUGUUCUUCAUCCCUCUUUGCCUGAUGAUGGUGAACGAUGGCUCUGCCAUGUGCAAGAGGAUGGCUUCCAUGGCCAUCAAAUCCCUGCUCGGCAAGGUCAGCCUCGAGAAGAGGGACUGGCUCUUCCGUCUGGUCACCUCCUGGUUUGAAGCGAAAAAGAGAUUAAACCGACAGCUAGCUGCCCUGGCCUGUGGCUUAUUCGUGGAGAGUGAAGGAGUUGAUUUCGAGAGAAGGCUUGGAACUCUUCUUCCUGUGAUUGAAAAGGAGGUUGAUCCUGAGAACUUUAAAGACAUCAUAGAGGAGACGGAGGAAAAAGCUGCAGAUCGCCUGCUGUUUGGUUUUCUCACGCUGAUAAGCAAACUCGUCAAGGAAUGUAAUGUUAUUCACUUCACCAAGCCCUCCGAGACAUUGAAUAAAAUCUGGAGUCACGUACACGCGCACCUCAGACAUCCGCACAACUGGGUGUGGCUCACGGCCGCCCAGAUUUUUGGGUUGCUCUUUGCAUCUUGUCAACCGGAAGAGCUCGUUCAAAAAUGGAAGAGCAAAAAGGCCAAAAAGAAGCCCACGGAGCCUGUAGCAGUCAGGUUCCUAACAAGUGACCUUGACCAAAAGAUGAAGAGUAUCUCUCUGGCUUCCUGCCAUCAGCUGCAUUCCAAAUUCUUAGACGAGACCCUAGGAGAACAGGUUGUUAAGAACUUACUGUUCAUAGCAAAAGUCUUGUAUUUACUGGAACCUGAUUCUGGGAACAAGCAAGGCGAGUCGAAAGACUUGGAAGAACAGGACACGCUAGGAGAUGCUCUGGCCACAGAGGUGGCGGAAGACGAGGCUGGUGCAGACGGAAGGACGGAGUUGGACAGGGAAGAGAAGGAAGAGCCCAGCAAGCCGGCCACGCUGCUGUGGCUGAUCCAGAAGCUGGCCCGGACGGCUAAGCUGGAAGCUGCUUAUACUCCCAGAAACCCCUUAAAGAGAACCUGCAUCUUUAAGUUUCUUGGUGCAGUAGCUGUGGACCUUGGAGUGGACCGGGUCCAGCCCUACCUUCCAGAGAUCAUCGCACCUCUGUUUCGGGAACUCAACAGCACCUACUCGGAGCAAGAUCCUCUGCUGAAGAAUCUAUCCCAGGAAAUCAUAGAAUUACUCAGAAAGCUGGUUGGACUCGAGAGCUUCUCGCUGGCCUUUGCCUCUGUCCAGAAGCAGGCUAGUGAGAAGAGGGCGCUCCGGAAGAAGAGGAAGGCCGUGGAAUUUGUAACCAAUCCUGAUAUUGCUGCCAAGAAAAAGUUGAAGAAACAUAAAAAUAAGAGUGAAGCAAAGAAAAGAAAGAUCGAGUUCCUGCGCCCAGGCUAUAAGGCCAAGAGACAGAAAUCCCACAGCCUGAGAGAUUUGGCGAUCAUGGAGUGAGAUCUCCCUGUGCGCAGAGCAGUAACUCACGCGGUCUCUGGGGUGGAAACCUGAACUUCCAGCCUUCCUCUACUGGACUGAAUUAGACUUCGGAAGGUAGGCAUGGCUGUAAUCUCUGCUCCUGGACGGUAAGGCAGGAUUGCUUCAAGUUUGAGGCCCACCUGAACUGCACAGUGAGUUUCAGGCCAGUGGACUAAUGAAAACAGGAAGGACUCAAACAAAAGAAAACAAGUUAAAGCUUGGCAUAGAUUUGUAAUUAUAUUUUAAUGCAAUCAUGUUUGUAUUGUUUUUAAAUUAAAAUGUUUAAUAUGAUACUCCUGUAUCUUCAAUGUCUACAAAGUGUAUGAUACUAAAUGACAUGGUUUUAAACCUAGCUUUUUCAGAAGAAGAUCAUUUAAUACAGGGAAAAGCUGGUGUGGUGGCAUUCACCUUUAAUCCCAGGAGUCUGGAGGUAGAAGCAAUUGGAUCUGUGAGUUUGAGAACAUAGACCCUGCCUCAAAAUAUAUAUUUAUGUAUAUUAUAUAUUUUAAAAGUUAUAUUUAAAUAUAAAAAGUAGAUAUUAGGAAUAAGUAGAACAAAGUAUUGGUAAUAACAUCAGAAAGCAUUGAGAAGUCUGUGAACAGAUACAGCCAUGCUAAUGGAUUCAGUAUCGUAAAGUGCUGUUCUCCCAGAUUGAUCCCUCUGGCUGACUACAUAUGGGAGCAAAACCCAAAAAUAUAUGGCCCUGUGUUAUACAGGAUAAAAAGAAUGAGCCCAGUGUUCAUAGACAGUGAGUCUGGAGAAGGAACACGAUUCAAACCCACAGUGUGUGGUUACAGGUCUUAGGUUGUACUAGCAACACUCUUAAGAUUUGGAGGUCCAGGUUUCCAUAUUUGGCUUGUGUGCAAAUGCCUCGGCUUCAACAAGAAACACAAUUACCAUUUGCUUUCACAGACACUUUCCCAAGGGAUUCUAAGGUUGACUGCCUCUCUGGAGUGACUCACUCUUGAAGGAAACUGGCUUCAGUUCAGCCAUCACCUCCUCACACACUCAACGUUGAAGCAACACUCUUCAGUGACCAGUGUAUUUGGGAAACAGAACCCAUCCUGUGCGUUGGGUACCUGGCGUACAUCUUAAUUCUAAUCCUACCUCUGAGAUCCAAAAUUGUUCCUAUAUUACAGAUGCAAUGGACUCAGCAAAUAACUAAGAAAUUGUGGAAUGUAGAUAGAACCAAAAUGCAAAACACUACCUUUACUAAGCUUCUUGCACACACAAGUGCACGCAUGCAUGCAAACACAAACUGCCAAGCUCCUUAGACGGAUUGGUGUGCACACAAACACACUCUCUAGUAUUCAGAUUUACUUGGUAAAUGUCAACAUUGGAGCUCGGGAUUUAUUCUAGCCUCUGUGAUGCUCCAUCAGAUUGAGGUGGUGGGGGCUAGGUGCCAGGUAGCCUGUGUCUGCCACACCCUAUUUUUCCAGUGUUCCAGAAUCAUAGGGGAGUAAACCCAGUAACUCAGUGUAAAUAAAUUACUCUCUUGUCAUUUUCCAGCUCUGUGCCAUAGACCAGAAGGAAACUAAAGUAUAAACUGCA